UAACAAUGAUCAUCUGUUGCAGAUAAUCGAACUAUAUUCUCAAUCUGAAUCAGUUGGGCACUACUGGCAGCGGAUAAUCAUACUAUCUUAAGAAUGGCACUUCCGACUACUGUGGCUGGGAUGAGCGCCUUCCUCCUUUUUGCGCAUGUUUGGUCCAUGCCCACGCCUUGUCAUAUACAGGGAACCCUCCUGGAAAGCGCAAAAGACCUGCUGAGAGACAUGGGAGGCCAUUUUCCUUCGGAGUGCCUGCAGGAUAAAGUAAAUAUUACAUUUCCAGCCCCCGCUUUAGCAACCUCCAGCACACCAACGUUGAGCGGCAGCGGUGCUAAGGCAAUUUAUGAGAUAUUGAAGAACAUCGACUCAUUGUUUGGAGCGGAGGACUUGCCAACCAAGUGGGACCAACAGAAAUUGGAUAAUUUUCAGAACAUAAUCUACACUCAAAUUGACCAUAGCAAAUGUGUAAGUGGAUAUGCUUACAGUGUGGAAACAAGCGAUUAUCCAGUCAGGGCAGCGGCCCUGAAGACAUAUUUCGGUAACAUCGAAGCAGCCCUAAAAGAAAAGAAGUUCAGUUACUGCGCCUGGGAAGUGGUCCGAAAACAGGUGCUGGAGACCCUAAUAUUCAUUCUGAAGAAGAACUCCAAUUGCCUUCUGUGGCCAAACCUACCAUGA